AUGGGGAAUGCAAUUAUUAGGGUUUGGGAGAGGCAAAGAGGGUCUCUGUGCCCUGAAAAUUUUCCCGCUCUUAAGAGUGGAGUUGGGGAGAAGAGGAAGAGGAAGGGCUAUGAUCUGGGGGAUUCGGGACCGAUAUACCCCGAUGUUUUGAUCCUCCAGGAGAGCCACGUUUCAGACCAUAUUGGCUCAGGACAGCCCGUACCAGACAUCACCAUGAUCAAGCAUUUCCAGAGCCAUUCAGCUUGGGUCAUUGAGGAUGCGAGAGUUCUAGCGCUGAUCUCUCAGGACGUGACCGUCAUGCUUGGGCUCCGGAUCGAUGGGUCGGUAGUUACGGGCACCGAUGAUCAUAGUUGGCCGGAGGUAUGUGCUAGGCUUCUUGGACAGGUUUCUGACUUGAGGAGUGGUGCGAUGAAGCUAUCGUGGCUUCGUCAGACAUUUCAGGGUGACAUACCAGAGGAUGCCAGUAUGGAGACGCUUCAGUUCCAUGCUCAUGCGUACAUAUUGCACAUGAUAGGGUGCGUGCUUUUUCCUGAUGCGAGCAAGACUCUUGUACAUGCACGAUGGCUGCCGUUGCUGGAGGAUUUUGACAAUAAAGAAUUCAAGGGAUGCUGCACAUUGAUACAGAUUUGGUCAUGGGAGCGCAUUCAUAUUGGACGCCCUACUUUACUUGUGCACCGUGACAGCCCGUACCAGACAUCACCAUGA